AUGGCUGCUGAGUGGUAUGAACUCCAGGAGGAUGGGGUAGGCGGCGAGCAUAAGGACGGUGCUGGAAGGCUGUAUACCGCAGAGGAAGAGCGGGCUGUCGUGGCCAAGUUUGAUCGGAGACUGGUGGUUUUCAUGGCCGUGCUGUAUCUGUUGAGCUUCGUGGACCGGUCCAACAUUGGCAAUGCCCGCGUUGCCGGCAUGGACGAGGACCUGCAGUCGGUCCCGCCGCGCGAUGGCUGGUACGAAUGGUCCCUUGGGGCCUUCUACAUCGCCUACAUCGGCUUUGAGUGGAUGUCGUUGCUGUGGCGGAUCGUCCCGGCGCACAUCUACGUCGCCGCGCUGGUGCUUUCCUGGGGUGUGGCGGCCUCGCUGCAGUCGGUGGCGGUCAACUAUCCCAUGCUGAUCUUCCUGCGCACGCUGCUCGGCAUCGGCGAGGCGGGCUUUACCGGAGUGCCGUUCUACUUGUCGUUCUUCUUUAAGCGGGAUGAGCUGGCACUUAGGACGGCCAUCUUCAUAUCAGCCGCCCCGCUAGCGACCUCCUUCGCCUCGUCCCUCGCCUGGCUGAUCCUGGCCCUCGCCGAGUCCGGCCCCAUCGCCCCCUGGCGCCUGCUCUUCCUCAUCGAGGGCUUCCCCUCCGUCGUCGCGGCCGCCCUAGCCUGGCACAUCAUCCCCGACUCGCCGCAGACGGCGCCAUACCUCACCGGGCGCGAGAAGAAAGUCGCCCGCUUGCGCCUGCAGCAGGAGAAACGCACUGCUACUACGAUCACUACUACUACUACCACCACUGCCUCUUCUCGUACCAACCGAAACGCCACAACCCUCGACACCCUCGCGGUCCUGACCGACCCUGCUGCCUGGCUCACGGCCGCCAUCUUCUUCCUCGCCAACAUGGCCUACUCCUCCCUACCCGUCUUCCUCCCGACCAUCCUCCGCGCCAUGGGCCACUCGCCGCAGGCGGCCCAAGCCCUCUCGGCGCCGCCCUACCUUGCCGCCUUCCUGCUGGUCCUCGCCACCGCCCACGCGUCGGACGCGACCCGCGCGCGCAGCCCCUGGCUCAUCGCACACGCCCUGGCCUCCGCCGCCGGCUACGCCGUCCUCGCCGCCGACCUCGGACCGGGGAGCUGGGUGGUGGUGCGGUACCUGGCCGUCUUCCCCGCGGCGGUCGGCUUCUUCAACGUCGUCGUCCUGACCAUCGCGUGGAGCAUCAACAACCAGCGCGGCGAGGCCCGCCAGGGCGCCGGCUUCGCGCUGCUCCAGGUCGUCGGGCAGUGUGGCCCGCUGGUUGGCACGCGGCUGUAUCCCGACAGGGACGCGCCGCGCUACACGCGCGGCAUGGCGGUCUGUGCUGGGGCUAUGUUAGGCGUGGCGCUGCUCGCGGGGCUGUUGAGGUGCUGGUUGGCGAGGGUUAAUCGGCGGUGGGAUAGGGAGCAGGAGGAGGAGGAGCUGGGACGGGAUGGUGGUGCUGGUGGUGAUGGCGAGGAGGAGAUGGCUCUUGUUGGAGGAGGAGGAGGAAGAGGAGGGUAUGAGGGAAGGAGGAGGGCAAAGGGGUUUCGGUAUAUGUUAUGA